GUGUGUGUGUGUGUGUAAAAGGGGUCUCUGGUUUCAGGCUCCUAGGUUCCGCCCUCGAGUGUAAAAGUGGAACUGCACACUUUUGUUCUGCUCAGUUUACGAGCAAAUUGACUACGAACCACACACACACACACACACACACACACACACACACACUCUCUCUCACGCACUUACACACACAUAUCAAGGUCCAAAACCAGUGAUGGACAUCCCUGCAGGAGAAGGAGAUCAGCUUCUACACUGUUGAAGGAGCUCAGAGGUUUCACACUGAGGAACUUCAUCACUUCUUCUCACCAGAACCCAGCAGCAGCAGGAGGAGAUGUUGGAGAUGUUGGAAGAGCGUCUUGUUUAGGAGGAGCUUUGACUCUGAGUCACAUCGUGCUGAAGGAAUUACUCAUGUCUGGAGAUUUUUAGUAUUUAUCCAGAGCUCCAUUUUUUUGUUGUUUUUGUUCUCCUGUGUAGAAGAAAGACUUUUACUUCCAGUGAGUUUUCUUCUUGGAAGCAGGCAGUAGAUUUGGGAAGUCGAUUGCUGUUCUUGGAAUCUCUCUGGCUGGUGCUUUACUGGGAACAUGAGAUGAAAUCCCCCUAAAGGAAUCUGAGGGAGCUUUGCUCGUGUGUGUGUGUGUGUGUGUGUGUGUGUGUGUGGGUGUGUAUGUGUGUGGAGGAGCCGCUUUAUGUCCUGGAGCUCCAGGGUUCAGUUCUGAUCUUCUCACUGAUCUUCUCGGGAUCUCAGAGGAACCUGGGGGGGUUGGAGAUGGUCCUCGCGCAGUAGGGUGCUGUUAUCGCGGUGAUGACGUCACCGAGCUUCGGCUUCACGCAGGAGCAGGUGGUGUGUGUGUGUGAGGUCCUCCAGCGGGGCGGGGACCUGGAGCGGCUCGGUCGGUUCCUCUGGUCGCUCCCUGCGUGUGACCGUCUCCACAAGCACGAGGCGGUGCUCCAGGCCAAGGCGGCGGUGGCCUUCCACCGGGGAGACUUCCGCGAGCUCUACCGGAUCCUGGAGAGCCACCAGUUCUCGGUGCAGAAGCACGCGGCGCUGCAGCAGCUGUGGCUCAGCGCGCGCUACACGGAGGCGGAGCGGCUGCGCGGGAGACCGCUCGGGGCCGUGGGCAAGUACCGCGUGCGCCGCAAGUUCCCGCUGCCGCGCACCAUCUGGGACGGAGAGGAGACGAGCUACUGCUUCAAGGAGAAGUCCCGCUCCGUGCUGCGGGACUGGUACACGCACAACCCUUACCCGUCCCCGCGCGACAAGCGCCAGCUCGCCCACGACACCGGACUGAGCAGCACGCAGGUCAGUAACUGGUUCAAGAACCGGAGACAGAGGGACCGAGCCGCGCAGGCCAAGGACAGACACACUGGAGGUCUCAGCACUAAAAAACCGCUUCAGCUCUGCAGCUCUGAAGAGGAGGAUGAAGAGCAGCUCCUUCAGCCACGAAGCCCCGCCCACAGACCCGCGCCAAACCCCGCCCUCCGCAUACUUCACCAAGGCAACCCCAAACUGAACAGGAGCCCGAACCCGGAGCCACAUGGUACCCAGAGUACCCGGUACACACACGAGCCCCUGCUGAGAGUCGGAACCGAGAAAUAAUAAUAAUAAUAAUAAUAAUAAUAAUAAUAGCUUAUAUUACUGCAAUACACACACACACACACACACACGCAGAUAUUUUUGCACUCCAGUUAACUGUGUACAUUUUCAAAAAAAUUUUGCCCAGAGUGAAAU